GCAUCAACUUUUUUCACUCAGAGACUAUAUUAAUGAGGACGCACCAUUUCGACGAGUCCUCGGUACUAACUCUACAAUCAUCUUUCAACUACUGUUGGUAAUCGCCACAAACAACGAACAAAUUCUUACGAAACCAUGGCAGCAAUUUUCCUGGCGAGGAGAUCCGCCGCAGCGGCCGUGUGCGUCGAUUCCUCCGCUUCCAGAUUAUGCGGACUAGCUACCCUGCCCGCCGCCGAGGGGAGGAGGCAGGAAGGGAGGGGAAUAAGGGAACAUGAUCAUAACUACUCCGGCGAGGAGGGGGCGGCGGCGUUCGUGGCGGACACUCUGAAAGAAGGGGUGAAGAAGGCGACGGAGGUGGCGGAUGCGGUGGGGGAAGGGGUGAAGAGGACGGUGGAUGGUGCGUGGAGGGCGGGUAGCGAUGCGAACCAGGAUGUGAGGGAGACGGUGGCUGGCGACGACGGCGGUGGGGAUACUGGAUUGAAAGUGGAGGAAGAGGAGACGGUGGUUGACCAGGUGGUGGAGGAAAUGAAAAAGGUGGACGGGCCGGUGGAUAUGGCGGAGUACAGAGCCAUGGAGCAGAACAUGGAGGACUUGAAACAAUAAAAAUAGAGGAUUGUACCCACCCAAACUAUUCAGUGCUGCAAAUUAGUUAACUUGCAGAUUUGAGUUAGCGUUUCAUUUUCCUUCCUGCACUUGUGAGUCUGUUGCCAUUGAUCAAAUUGUUCUUAUUUGGUCUCACGGGCAGAGGAUUAGAAGAAUAGAGCAAAGGUUGAUGG